CUAGUUUUUUAUGUACCCUUGUUGUAGAAAAUGUGCUCGUCUACUUUGUUCGGUUAUGUUCGCACAGAACGAUAGAAAGACUAAUCGAUCCAUAAAGAUUAUGAGAAAGUUGCAAACCGCCCCUGUAAAAAAACUCUAAUUGUCGUAGCAUGAUGUUCCUCGCGCUCGCGAACCGCGGCAGGGCCCCGGGUGGUGGAAGCGGUGGCCUGGUCGUUCCAAAACCGCGGGACCACAAAGCUACUACGUACAAGAGACAAAAGAAGAUGUUGUAAGCGGACACUGCAUUGGAACUUUGGUGUGACCGGCCGCGGAGAUCGAUCACCAUGAGUUCUUCCUGGGAGCCGGGCGUGACGGGCGCCGGGCCGACGUUUAUCAGUCGGUCGAGGGCGGACUCGAUUUUCUGGUAUCUAGUCACGUUCAUGCCGGCGAUGAUCGUCUUAACCCUCUAUGGAUUGCAAAUAUGUCUGGGUCUGGAAGAAUGCAUGUUUGUCAUGCGUGUCUGGCAUGACUGUUAAAUCUGUCAUGCACGCUACCCAAGAGGUCCAACCAUUUUUCUGUCAUGCAGAAACGCAGUUUGUCAUGCAGAAUAGGCAACACCUAGAAGCUCAGAAACUUGUCAUGCUGAGCCAGCACUUGUGGCCUCCUCAUGAUACGUCGCCCAGCAUCACAAGUUUCCAGACCCAGGCAUUUUUGCAUUUGAUACCCUCUGGGCUUACGCCAUGAUCUCCGCCGAGGACGACUACUAUCGAGUGCACAUAUGCUUGGGUCUGGAAGAGUCAUGCUGCUUUUGCAUGACACAGAAUGUCUGUCAUGGAAGCUCUCGCGUCACAGACUUCGAAAAGCUUCCGCAUUGCUUAAUAAUCCGCAUGACAAAUCCCACACGGUAGUGACAGAAAAUGGACAUCUCUUGCUGCCUAUGCAUGAGAGAUUUGCCUGUGUUGUGAAAUGCGCAUCACAAGAAGUUGCGACCUUCCAGACCCAGACAUAUUUGCAAUGCAUAACUACUUCACGGACACGAUCUCCAAGUACUACCCCAUGUCGCUCGCCAUGAUACCGGGUAGCUUUUUCGCGGGAAGCACGCCGCUCGGAGGCGGCAGCACGGCGUACCCGGUCGGGGUUUUGUUGCUGGAGUUCGAUCCGAUAGAGGGGAGGGACUUUGCGGCGAUCAUACAGAGCGUGGGAAUGGGUACUAUUCGAUUGGACUUGUUAACCUUAUGUAUCCAUUGUGCUUCAUCAUGUCGCAUGCACGUACGUAGUGCGAUAGUCGCAAUUGGUCUCGUCUACAUCGGUUCUUGCACUAUUCAAAAUUCAUGAUCUCUCCUCCCCAGGUGCCGCCACCUACCUGAUUCUGCUUCGCCGACGCCACCUCUUAAGGCAAGACGUUCUGCUAAUCAACUGCGUCGUGGGUACCAUAUCCCUGGCGAUUUCGUUCCCACUACCAAUCGACAGCUUCGCUCUGAACUGCGCCUUCACGACAAAUUUGCUCUGCUUCUCCAUUAUCUUCUUCUACUUCUGCGAGCUCAUUCCCUGGCUGCAGGCGCCAAGAGUUGUAGUACCAAAAGACGACCCAGCAGCUCCGGGGGGAAAAAACGCGACGUCCGGUGGAGCGAAUAACGACGGCACCAAUGCGGAGACCGCGUCAAAAGAUAGUAAAGGAGAACCACGAGCAAAACUACAGUCAUGUGGUGCCGGAACGCCGGCGGAAAACGUGUCUUCCUCUUCCGGUACAGGAAGCGGUAACAAGAACAACAACGAUGCGUCCAAUUCCAAACUGAAGCGGGAGAGAGAAAAGGUAGAGAAGAUGAAGAACCUGCCGCAAAUUCUCGGAUCCCCGACCUUCCAAGACACCCUCCGCGACGGCAGCAAUUCAGGAAGAGACGCAGAGGCCGCGGCUCUGGCGGCGGCAAAUGCCGUGGCCGUGGAGCAGCAAAUACAUCUGCAAAUCAUGGACCCGUUUAACCUCAGAGAGCAACCGAAACAGGAAGUUGUCAGAGUAGAAUAUCCAGGAGAACCACCACCACCACCACAACCAUCUGGUCCCGGUAGAGAAAGUGAAAAUGUUGACCCCGCCGUCGCACCAGGAGGAACAGACCAGAAACAGAAAGUCAAAAAAGAGGUCCACAUCAUUGCUGACGACAACAGCGCAGCAGCAAAUUCCGGAGGUACUAGCUCCGCGGCAAAGGACGAGGAUGAAAACCAUCAAAACCAAAAUGCACAGGAAACCGAGUCCGUCGAUGAACUCGGCGAUCAAGUGCAAGUUCCCAUAGUCCCCGUUAUCAAAUGUAAAAAUGUCUGGGUCUGGAAAAGUGUAGACUUGUCAUGCAGAUUUUCCAUGACCCAUGAGGUCUGGAAUGCGGGACUUAGCAUGACAGACUCUGCGAGGUCUCUGCCAUGCCUAUCCUGCAUGAGAAACUCCCCUCCAACUUGGUCAAAAAUGUACAGUUCUUGGCACUCAUGCACUUGUAAUCAUUUCGUUCCCGCCAGCCGUAAAGGCACGGCGCUGCUUUUCCUCUCCUUGCACCGGCGAACCGCAUGCACUGACGCGCUAGGAAACAAAAAGAAAAAGAAAGAGAAGAAAGAGAAACUAUAUAACAGAAGUGGUGCCAGGGUUGCUAAUUUAAAAGACUGCGCUAAUGCAGCACCCCCCUUCCCCAAGGGGUCCCCCCGGGGCGGGCGCGAUGGCGGCUCUGCGAAUGCGGAGCUCCGCGGGCCGUUUCUAUGGAAACGCAUAUAAAAGGGCGCGGGAAGCAGAUCGGUAAAACGUGUCUGAAAAGGACACGCCGCUGGGUCGUCCGCCAUCGUGAUAGGAUCACCGUGUCUGAUCAUUAGACCCCCUGUAUACUUUUUAGCGCGCAACCGGCCACGCACGUAGUUCUUCGAGCAAGUUUGUAAGACUAACCCAUCAAGGCAAUACUGGAACUCCACCUUGCUCGCGGGCUUGGAUGGUAAGGCAGGUCAGCCACACAUAGCGCCCACUGGCUGUAGCCAUGCGUAAGCAAUCGAUAGCGGUUUUGCAGGUGCAGCCGGGUGGUAGUUAGGAAGUGGACCGCGUCUCCACCUAGGGGUAUCGGCAGAGGCUAAAUCUGUUCUAACGCCCAGGUAUUGGCAGAGGCUAAAUCUGUCUAACGCCCACCCGCCAGGAGUUAAAUGGUACUACUACUACUACUACUACUACAACUUGGUCAAAAAUGUACAGUUCUUGGCACUCAUGCAACACAGAUUUUCGCUUGCUUCAGAUUUACCAUGACAAGUUGGAAUCUUCCAGGCCCAGACAUUUUUGCAAUUCAUACCCGUGAAAAAAAAGCUGCUCACCGGCGUUUUCACCCUGGACCUCGACAAAUCGCUUGAGAUAGACCGUCUUUCCGACCGGAUCUCCACCGGCACGUUGACCCCCCGCGCGCCCUUGUCGGAAAGACAGGGGGUUUACGAGUUGAAGUACCUGCUCAUGAUGCUUUUCGCGGUUUUCGGCGGCGUGUUAUCCGCGCACAUAGGUGGCGGCGCGAUGGUGGUCGGGGUUUUUAUGGCGUGUGUGUUCGUCUGGAACCCCUUAUCGGGGACGAAAGAGCAGCUGGACAUUACCACGAUCACCCUCUGUUCCGUCGUUUCCCAGGCGGUGUCUUCCUGGCUCGUUUCCUUCUUAGUGCUGUACAACGGCGGCCCGUCGGACCGGGUUUGGAAGUAUCCUGAGCAAAAACGUCCCCACACCAGAGUCAGGAUGGGGAUUUUGCAACACAAAGCUAGGAGUUUUGGGAGUCACGCAUGACAAGUUGCACUCCGCAGUGUAGUGCAGGUUAGCAAGUGCAGCCGGAUCACAGAUUCAUCUGCUUGUCCUGUUCACAGCAUCACAAAUUCUAAAACACGAUUGGAAAUGUCUACUAUGGGUAUGCGCAUCACAAAUUUCCUUGUCAUUGCAAAUCUGCAUGACAUUCUGGGGUGGGGACGUUUUUUUUCAGGAUAGGAAGUGCUGGAGCGUCACCGUGCCCAUCGUCGUCUUCGGCGCGCCCACGGGGGCAAUCUUGUUGAACCCGAGGAGGAUAAAAUAUUUCCGGCGGGUCUUCAUCUUUUUGUCCGGCUUCCAAUUUGUCGUUUUCGCGGCCUUGAAGAUUCAGAACAACGAAACCGCCUGGGGAAUCAUCACCGCGAUUCUGUGUGCGGUUUUGAUACUGCUGGGGACUUACCAUAGGCUGUUGGUCCAGCCGGAGAUAAGGAAACAACGCGAUCGAGAAAGGCAGUACAGCUCGUAUUGA